AUCGCCGAUCUAUUUUUGUUUUUCAAGCUUAAAAGAAGAACUCAGAUAUAUUUAAACUAUUUAACAACUUAAGAAAACCCUAAAAACAAUGUUUCGCCCUCUGAGAUAUGUCUACUCAACCUGCAGAAUGACUCUUAAUCUACCCAGUGUUGUUCGUAUGAGUGACACUUCGAAUCCAACUGAGGUAGAUUUUUCUUAUGUGGAAAUACCUCGUUACAAUAUUGAUAAACCGCAAGCACUUGAGACCCGUAAGGCAAGGCUUAUGUACCAGUCUCGCAAGAGAGGAAUGUUGGAAAAUGAUCUUCUCUUGAGUACCUUCGCCAAAAAAUACUUGGAUUCACUUACUGAAGAACAGACAAUGAUGUAUGAUCGCCUCAUUAACACCGUGAGCAAUGAUUGGGACCUCUUCUACUGGAUGGUCGAGAAGCAACCGACACCAAAAGAAUACGAUAACGAAAUUAUGGACAUGCUGAAAAAACACGCUAAAAAUGAAGACCGACUUACCCUACGCCAGCCCAACCUGCAAUAAAACCAGAUGUAUCCCAAAUGGAUUAGCUGAACAAAUAGUUGAAUCUACCUCUGCAUGAUAGGCAGUUAUUUAGUAUUUGAAAGAUUUAUUAAAAUAGGUAUCUAUUUAACUUUUUAAAUUUAUUUGUAAAUUAGUCAAUAAUAACGAUGAUAUAAAA